AUGGAGCCCGAGAUUUCGCGUGGAAUCGAAAUAGCGUUGAUCAAAUACGCAUUCGCCCGGAUCAUGUCAGUGUCAGAUCCUAUCCGAAAUUCGGUUGUUGAGACUUCUCACUCCACUUGGCGCCUCGGUCACACUAUUGAGUGCGCCCGACUCCCAAAACCCGAUGACAGAAGUGCAAUAGCUUCCUGGAAAGACGGGGAUAAUUUUUAUAUACUUCGACUCGCAAAAUCUGAGCAACUACCUGAUGCUACGCCAGCAAACUCCUGCGAGGUCCGCUUGAUUCAUGAAGGAGGCACUCUGUCAGCAGUAUGGGCCAUUGGAAAUAAUGCAAUCUGCAAAGUCCACCACUGGAGCCCCAAUACCACUUCAGAGUGUGACACCAUCAAAUUCAUUCAAAAGAUGGUACCUAAGGUACCUGUACCUGAAGUGAUAAAUUCUUGGGUGGACGGGGAUCGAUCAUUCUUGGUACUGAAAAGAGUCCCGGGCAUAACGCUGAGGGACGCUUGGGAGACUAUGUCCGCUGUUCAGCAAGAGUCUAUCUUGGAUGAGGUUGUUCAUAUGUGCGAUUUGCUUGCUUCCGUCACUUCGGGGCGACUUCAGAAUGUAAAUGGAGGGCCUGUGCUAGAAUCAUACCUUGCUCACUCGGAAAGGAAUUUCUUGGAGCCGCUGAGUGUGUAUGAAAGCAAGAAAUAUUUCAUUCAGGAGAGCAUUCGUUCCAAUCCGGAGAUCGAGGAGAAGUUUCAUCUCUACCACGCCGAUCUAGGGCCAGGGAACAUAAUUGUUUCCAAUCAGAAACUAUCAGCGAUAAUUGACUGGGAGUCUGCUGGAUUUUACCCACGUUUCUGGAUCUCAACAAAACCUUCCGUUUCUCGGGGAUUGAAUUUUCAUCCACCAAUCCCAGGAAUCGCUGAGACCGAGUGGAGAAAGCGACUCAGAGUGAAACUUGAAGACAGUGGUUAUCCGCGCUUUGCAGAGUGGUACAUGGAAUGGAAGAAUACAAACUCUAGAUAG